AAUGCCUAUUAGCAUUUGGUGACAUACUGCUAGCAGGCACAGGAGGCAAUGCAUUGGGACCUGUGAUGGACCUUGGGCUGGAUGAUCCGACAGAAGAAGGCUGAUAUUUAUUCUUUGACUGGUUCAUGGUUUGGGUUUAGGGGCCAAAUUUCAGUGUUGGCCACUGAUGCAUAUUGCCAGCAUUUUUUGUCUUGGCCUGGUGUAUUGCAGUGACCUUCAUGGCUUGGUUGAACCUGUGAGGAGAGACUUAUUCUGCCAUACAUCUGUUUUCACCUUCACACCACUUUGAGAUGAAGGGCUUAGUUCUAGGAGCAUACUCUGAGAAUGAGGGUGCUGCCCUUGAGUUGACACCAAGUGCCAAAGACUUUGAUGCCAAAAGUGAAGGGAAGCUCCUACAAAUGCUGCAGAUGACAAUUCCAAUCUGGACAGUGACACUGACAAUGGCAAACUCCAAAGAAGGGGGCAAGGAAGUCUCAGUGACACAGGAAAUGGAAUUGGAAUCUCCUGUCACAAGUGGAGUGAUGGAACCUGAUACACUUUGUCCUGUCUGCUUUGAGCUACUUGAGGAACCUCACAUCACUCAGUGUGGACAUAGCUUCUGCUUGAAAUGCAUUACCAAGAGCUUGGAAAUGAGCAAUCGCUGUCCCAAGUGCAGCUUUGUUCUGAAUGCCACUGAUCCCAUCAUACCAAAUUUUGCUCUCAAUGACAUCAUUGCCAAGCAUCGCUUGAAGAAUUGUAUGAAGGCAUUUGAAAGUGGAAUGUCUCAAGGCACAGACCCUGAAAUCUUGAAGAAGCUAAUUACAAAGGAAAGUGAGAAUUUGGCAUUGCAAGAUGUCAACUGGAUGCUGAGCCUCUUUGAGCAUCGGAAGCGGGUCCUAGAACUAGAGUCUCGUAUCACUGAAUACCAAUGCCUUGAUGAGUUUCUUACACUUCUCCUUCAGCAGAAGCAUGAGGUGAUGUCCUCCUUGCAGAGGGAGAUCCAGCUGAUAGAAGCAGAUCGGAAGAAAGUGCAACAGCGUCUUGAAAAAGCUCAACUCAAGGAGCAGCAAUCUGUCAGAUUUGAACAAUUAUCUUCGCCUUCAUCUUGUUCCUUGGUUCCAUCCUCUCCUAAUGAAGAAACCUUUAGCUCUUCUUCAUCAUCAGUGACCACUCAGACUUUGGCUACACGCCGCAAGAGGCUGUACACUCAUUACAAUGACUUGGUGGAUUGCUAUUUCACAGUGAGAGCCAAAAAUCUCAAAGUAUCAUCUCCUCGGCAUAUAUGUGAUGAUGAAGAGGCAUUGGCCGAAUUCUCAGAGAGUCUCUUGAGACUGACCAGAUUCUCAGGGCUCAAGCCAUUGGCUACUCUGAAUUAUUCCAGUGACAUGUUUGGAGGGUCCAGCAUUGUCUCAAGCAUUGAGUUUGACAAGGAUGCUGAAUUCUUUGCUAUUGCAGGAGUCCGAAAAAGGAUUAAAGUCUUUGAAUACCUGACAGUUGUUAGAGAUGUUGUUGACAUCCACUAUCCUUGCAAUGAGAUGGAAUGCAGCUCCAAAAUCAGCUGUAUCUCUUGGAGCUCCUAUUAUAAGGGCCUCCUUGCAAGCAGUGAUUAUGAGGGAAAUGUUGUUGUGUGGGAUGCCUUCACUGGUCAGAAGCUGAAUAUAUUUCAAGAGCAUGAGAAACGAUGCUGGAGCGUGGACUUCAAUCAUGUGGACACAAAGCUGAUUGCUUCUGGAUCUGAUGACUCACGAGUAAAGCUGUGGGCUACAAACCUGGAGCACUCAGUAUCAACCAUUGAGGCCAAGGCCAAUGUAUGCUCCGUCAAGUUCAACCCAGACAGCCGCUAUCAUGUAGCAUUUGGAUCUGCUGACCACUGUGUUCAUUAUUAUGAUCUGAGGAACUUGAAAAUGCCAUUAAACUUAUUUCGGGGUCACAAAAAAGCAGUUUCAUAUGUGAAAUUCCUUAACGCUGAGGAGUUGGUGUCUGCAUCCACAGAUAGUCAGCUUAGACUUUGGUCCGUUGGUCGUGCCCAAUCAGUCCGCUCCUUUGUUGGGCAUCUCAAUGAAAAGAAUUUUGUUGGUCUUUCCUCAGAUGGGAGUUACAUUGCAUGUGGUUCUGAGAACAAUUCCCUCUACGUUUACUAUAAAGGCUUAUCGCAAAACCUCUUGUCCUAUAAGUUUGAUACAGUGAAGUCAAUCCUGGAGAAGGACAGAAAGGAAGAUGAUUCAAGUGAAUUUGUCUCAUGUAGCAAAUUCAAGAAGGGGAAAGUACGAGUCCUGUGGAAUUUGGACAGUGCCUUCCCAGCCAUAGCAGUUGUUGGCCUUGGUUCCAAGACUCAAGCAUAUUGCGAUCAUGAAGAGAGAGAUGAAAAGAAGGAGGCCAUUCGUGCUGCUGUUGCAGCUGGAAUCAGAUCUCUGCGAGACAUUGGGGCGAAGGAGAUCUUAGUGGAUAGUUGUGGUGAUGCAGAUGCUGCUGCUGAAGGUGCAUGGCUGUCUGCUUUCUUGUUUGAUGAACUCAAGUCAGAUAAAAAAGAUCCUGUUCAGAUCAAGCUUCAUGGAACUGAGGGGGCUGACUUUUGGAAUAGAGGAGAGGUGAAGGCUAAGGCUCAGAAUGUAGCUCGAAGACUUACAGAAUUACCUGCCAACAUUCUCACUCCCACCAAAUUUGCAGAGGAGGCAGAGAGUAUUUUGAAACCACUUGGAGUGGAGGUUGAGGCACAUGACAAGGCCUGGGCUGAAAGCAUGAAAAUGGGGUCCUUUCUGUCUGUUGCCAAAGGAUCUGAGCAACCUCCAGUCUUCCUUGAACUCACUUAUAAUGGAGGCAAGGCUGGGGACAAGCCUAUUGCUCUUGUUGGAAAGGGAAUCACAUUCGAUAGUGGAGGCAUUUCACUUAAGGUACCUUCAUCCAUGAUGGAUGAAAUGAGGGCUGACAUGGGGGGGGCAGCAUGUGUUGUGGGUAUCAUCAAUGCUGUUGCAUCUCUCAAGAUACCAGUCAACAUCAAAGGCUUGGUUCCUUUGUGUGAGAAUAUGCCAAGUGGGUCAGCCAACAAAGUGAUGGAUGUUGUCUAUGCCAUGAAUGGGAAGAGCAUUCAAAUCGCCAAUACAGAUGCAGAAGGACGACUUAUCCUUGCAGAUGCCCUUUGCUAUGCAGAUAAGUUUAGCCCCAAGGUGGUAGUGGACAUGGCCACACUUACAGGUGCCAUGAUGGUUGCAUUGGGAUCUAGUGCAACAGGAGUAUUCACCAACUCAACUCCAAUGUGGGAAGUGUUGCACAAAGCAGGAGGAAUCACAGGAGAUCGAGUCUGGAGAAUGCCUCUGUGGGAACAUUUUAAGAAACCCGUAACUGACAAUCAGCUGGCAGAUUUAUGCAAUAUUGGAAAAGAUGGAAGGAUGGGUGGUUCCUGCACAGCUGCUGCAUUCCUCAAGGAAUUCACAACUUCACCCAACUGGAUGCAUUUGGACAUAGCUGGGGUGAUGAGUUGCCAAGAAGAGAUCCCAUACAUGAGCAAGGGAUUCACUGGUCGACCUGUCCGCACCCUGGUUGAGUUCUGUCAGAUGCUUGCUCACAAGUAGUCCUCAUUUGUGCCUACUCUAGGUAUACAAUUCCUCCUUACUUUCAUAACCAUCUUGUUGAUUAGGCACAGAAGGGGUUCAUCCUAUGGCCCUCUUUUUAAAAUGUGUAGAAUUUAUGAAUGCUGGCUUCAUCAUUACCCUUUUCCUGUGAGUCACCAAGUAUCCACUAUUUCUCUUAUGAUCUGGGAACCAAACCAGCUGCAUGGGGAUUAUAUUUUUCUAUGCAAAUGUAUUAGGUGUGUAUUAUGCUGUUGCCAUUGCUGUAAUUGAAUGUAUUCCUGCUGAAAAUUCCAGAAUGAAGUUCAUGUGAGAAGA